CUCGGCUAUUGCGAUGUGAUCGCAUCAAGCUCGUCAUGGCAGUGAGACCCACCCAUCCCUGUCCCUGAUCGAAGGCGCCAAAGCACAGCCAAUGGCCUGCCUGAAGCUGACCUGUUUCAUACUCAAGACUCAACCCAUCUCUUUCACUCUGCCACACACUUCAUAUCAAUUCCUCCUCCUCCUCUCUGGCCUUCCAUCUGAUACAUCCUGUGGGCUGUGCCUGCAGCUACAGAAGCGAAGUAUAUUCUGAUCUACCAGAGCAUAUUGAAAGUGUUCUUCGGGUUGGAAAUGGCUUCUUAUUUCCGAUUUCCAGAACUUCUGUAUAUAAGGUAAAUUAUCCAUAUAUCAGAUACGAUAGCUUUGAUGUCAGCAAUUUAGUCCAAUGCAAUCUCGAUGUGUACUGGUAGCAUAGAGUGAAGUUUUCUGGUCCUUCUCAUGGUGGUUAUCCUUCCUUAAAUGGUGACAAAAGUAAAUUCGAGAUGAUAGUUAAUGGAACGCUCGAGGAACUCCCAAAAGCUCCAGUAUGAUUUAGCAGAAACUAGAAAUGAUGGCUUUGGCCCUGCAAACCAAACUCUUAAGCAAUCUCCAUUGAGCUCCAGUCACACCAAUUCUAGAUCUGCAGAAUUUGUUGCAUCGGAUAGUGCUAGGCAUGCCUUGAAUUACUCAUUUCAAACUGGUGAGGAGUUCUCCAUUGAAUUCAUGCGAGAUAAGGCAAUUCCAAAGAGGCCUUAUAUUCCAAAUCCUUCUCGACAUCAAAUCUCUAGCUCCAACUAUGUGGACUUGAGAAGAAGACGGGCCAUCUCUAAUGCAGAACCUGGAAGUGAAUCAGAUAUUCCAGGUCUUGCCUCUGAAAAUAAAGCACCAUCAAAAAAAAUAGAGAAGAAAGGAUUUGUUGAGACCAACGACAAAAGUUACCUUGCAUUAACAAGGACACUGUCACAUGCCCCAGCUGGUAACAGUAGUUAUCGAGGAUUUCAUCCUCGGUAUGCUUCAUCAGAUCCUUCACCAACAGGAGUGAAAUUCCUAUGCAGUUAUGGUGGUAAAUUCCUACCUCGACCGAGUGAUGGAAAACUCAGAUAUGUGGGAGGUGCGACACACAUCCUCCGAAUUAACAAGUCCAUGUCCUGGGAAGAGCUCAUGCAAAGAGCAAGAAGAAUGUACAACCAAACUUUUGUUAUCAAGUGUCAAUUGCCUGGGGAAGAUCUGGAUGCCUUAAUUUCUGUGCACUGUAAUGAUGAUUUGCAGCAUAUGAUUGAUGAGUGCACUGUUUUAGAAGACAGUGAGGCAUCACAAAGGCCUAGGAUGUUUCUGUUCUCCUCAGAUGACAGUGAUAUCAUGCAUUUCACUCUUGGCACCAUGGAGGGGGAUUCUGAAGCUCAAUAUGUUGCAGCUAUCAAUGGUUUAGAGGCAUCUGUUGACACUUCAAGUCUUCUAGGCUUGCAAAGUAUGUCAGCCGGUGACUUCAAAAAACACCCAGAAUUUAAAGACUACAACAAAAGGCAUAAUGCUGAAGGUCCAUACUCUGCCAUCCAUCAUCAUGACACGUACCGGAGUGAUGGAAAUGGGAUUCCAACUUCUGCAUCCACUAUUGAAACUUAUGCAAAGCCACUCAAUAAACUUCUUAAUGCUCACUGGAGUGGAACUGAAGAUUUCUCUGUUGGCAUCUCAAGUCAAGACCAAAAUGAAGAAAAUAGGGAGGCAAAACCCAUAGUAAAAGGCUUGAGCCAGCAAAUAGAUCCAGCAAAGGAAAAUCAAUCAGGACAUAGAUUUUCUUCCCCAGUGCAGCAGCAUGGUGUUUCACUUUCAUAUUUGCAACUUGAAACACCCUGUGGAACUUCAGCCUCGGAUUUUGAAACUUCUUCAAGGCAUUGGAUGGAGAUUUUAGAAACUCAGGUGUCACUACCACCUGACACUAGUGUUAGUGCUGGCAAGAGUAGUAUGCCUCAAGAACAUGUCCAACCUUACACUUCUGCUGGAGAAGUUACCACUGAAUGUUCUGAUUAUAAGCCUAAGAUAACUGCCCUUGUCUCUGAAGAUUCACAUCCAAGGGUCUCAAGAGUAUCUUUUAAGGAUCAGAUGCCAAUAAAUCAGGAAGAGUUAUUAAUUAAGUUAUCAAACUUUAAUGAUCAAAUUGGUUCUCACAAAUCAGAACUUGAUCAAUUCUCCCAUAAGAAGCAACAACUAGUUGGACUUUUAGUUCCUGUGCCCGUAGAAGACCUGUCUUCUGAAUCUGAUAUCUUAUCCAUUGCAGCAAAUCCACUGAGGUCUAAUCCUACAAGUACUUGGAAUGAUGUGAAAGAAAUCGAAAGAUGUGAAACUUCAGUUUCAGUUAUCCAAAGGAAUCAAGUUGGCAUUGUAUCCAUAGCACAGACACCAGAAAAUUCCAAUUGUCCUCAUGAACCUAUGAGUGGCAGUAAACCCUUGACAGAGCACUGUGCAUGUAAUCAUGAAGAAGCUGUUGUCCCUUCAUCAUCUCACCUAGCGUCCAGCCAGACUGUCAAUGCAAGAAAUAGGACUUCUGAAUUACACAGGAAGGUUGAGAAGCCUGAGAGGGACUACACUCCAUCAUCGGUGGCUGAUGAGAAAAACACUUUAAAGAAGUUUAGGAUCUGGAAUGAAUCUGAUAUGAGCGGAAGCCAAGAGAGUUCCAGUUUUGAUGGUAAGAUAUUUAUGCCUGAUAUUUGUUCCCAAGAUCCUCUUGUUGAAGAAUCAGAAGCCACAAAACCAAAUUCUCCAUCUUCAAGCAUAGGAAGCAUCCUGAAACAGAAGGAAAAUCCAACACUUCUUUCUAGCAAGCUGUGCAAGGAGGAGAUAACUACCACAGUUAGAAAGUUGGACACUGCAAGGAAACAUGCUGAUACUCAUCUGGGCAGGGAUGCAGGAAUUGCUUCUCAAGGGAAUAGUUCUCUUCCUACUACGAAACACAAUGACCCUCUUAAUUAUACUAAUUCUCAAUUUCUUCCUGAUCUAGUCUCCAAUUCUUUUUCCAAGGUUAAAACUUCUGAGGAGCCUUCUAAUUCAACUACCUCAAGUAAGCAUAAUGUCAUAAUCGGCUUGGAUAUGCCAAGUGGUGAAAGUCAGUAUUCUCUUUUGAAUUUGUUCAAUGAUGAGUUUUCAAGCAAAGAUGUCACAUUUAUGAAUCAAAAGCAAGUUCACGAGGAACAUUUUCUUACUGAAAUUGAAGGGUCGCAUUCUGGUCAACUUCAUUUUGCUCCUUUAGAAGAUGAAGUCAUGUUUGGCCAGAAGAAUCCUCAAAUUGAUUUUGAUGAGGUAGACAGUUCCCUUGCAAAUGUUGGAGAAAACUUAAGAACAGCACUCUUGGAGUAUGAGGAAUGUGUAUCUGAUAAGAAGGAAGUGAAUGAGCCAGGAACUGAUGUUUCUAUGGAAGUUCCACAUCUAAGAAACGUGCAGAUUAUAAAGGAUGAAGAUCUUGAGGAGCUGCGAGAACUGGGUUCUGGCACAUAUGGAACUGUGUACCAUGGAAAAUGGAGGGGCACAGAUGUAGCCAUUAAGCGGAUAAAGAAUAGUUACUUUACUGGUCAAUCAUCACAAACAGACAAAAUGAUAUUAGGUUUUUGGCGUGAAGUGGGUAUCCUAUCAAAGCUUCAUCAUCCAAAUGUUGUAGCCUUUUAUGGAAUUGUAAAGUAUGAACCAGGAGGAACAUUGGCAACUGUGACAGAAUUUAUGCCUCAUGGCUCUCUCAAGCAUGUUUUACGGCGCAAAGACAAGUAUCUUGAUUUCCGUAAGCGGUUAUUAAUCGCAAUGGAUGCAGCUAUUGGUAUGGAAUAUCUGCAUUCAAAGAAUAUUGUACAUUUUGAUCUGAAAUGUGAUAACUUGCUUGUAAACCUCAAGGACCAGUCCAGACCUAUUUGUAAGGUCUGUGAUUUUGGCUUGUCAAAAAUGAAACUACACACCAUGGUUUCUGGUGGUGUGAGGGGAACACUUCCAUGGAUGGCCCCAGAAUUGCUCUAUACCAGCGGCAACAAGGUGUCUGAAAAGAUUGAUGUAUAUUCCUUCGGCAUUGUCAUGUGGGAGAUUCUCACUGGUGAGGAGCCUUACGCAGAUAUGCACUAUGGAGAGGUUAUAGGAGGUCUUCUACAUAAUACAUUGAGGCCUCCUGUGCCAGUUUCAUGCAACAAAGACUGGAGAAAUCUAAUGGAACUAUGCUGGGCAGCCGAUCCUGAGCAACGACCAACAUUCACCCAAAUCGCCAACUGCCUAUGCUCCAUGUAUAAAGCCAGUCAAACUAGGGCAUCCAGUUGACAGUAGAUACAAUUACAAACUCUUUCAAUUUUAUUUGCCCUUGAUUUAGUUGGGGUACUAAAUUGCGACCUCCCAGGUAACAUUGUUGGGCUUGAAUAUAAGACCUUCUCUUUUCUUGGUGGAGAAGCUGUAUGUUUGCAUAAUGUGAAAAACACAAAAGUAUGUAUCACUAUUGUUCUUCCUCGUUUA